UAGUUACCAUACAGUAUGAGGCUUUCUUGUGUUAGUAUUAAACAAUGAUCAGAUGAAUUAUUCGUUAAAUUGAUAUCUCAGAAAUACUUUAUACAUGUAUAAAUUUUGCCCGGUAUAAUUUAAUUCAUUCGGAGCCUACCAAAAAAAAAAAAAAAAAAUGCCUUGAAGAAAUAGUCAGUUGUAAAUAUUAUUUUAAAAAUUGCAAAUUAAGUCUUCAUUUAGUUUAUUUAUACCCUUUAAUCUCUUUAUUAAGCGGACAGUGUUACAUACUGUUGAUACAUACAAUACAGUAUGGAAGUUUUGUUUACAGUGACAUAAGAAAUAUGUUUGCCAGUGCCUUAGAUAUAUAGCAGCCUGUGGUAUUGAUUAAGGUUGAAUCAUGUCUCUAUGUAAAACUGUAUACACACACUGCGAAAAUGUUUUUCAUUCAUACUUGACUCACUCAGGCUGAACUGCCAUGGAGAUAACAGAAUAAUGUAGCCGAUUAUCUAUCAUACAUAAAAAGUGUAAACAUACAGAUUGUAUUUCAUAGUGCAGCGAAAAUAUCUAGGAUUAUAUUUCAUUUUUUGCCAAAAGUCUGAGCUGAUUAAAUUGAAGUUUUUCAUGGAUUACAAAAAUUAAGAAAGUCAUGUUAACCAAACUCCAGUCAUGAAAUAGUGGUUAAAACAACGAAAACAGUUGUACUAGAUCUCAUGCGUAUAAACCACAGUUUAGAAGUGGGACGAAAAAUGAUGAGAAGGAUCUAACUAAGAUGAUAUUGGAGAUACAUACAAGCAGAAUAUGAGGAUGAAAUCGAACAAUAUGUUUCGAGACCAGGUGAACUCGGUGACGACGUGGUUUGGCAGUUGGAGCACUUGUGAGCAAACUGUGGUACUCUACUCACUGCUCAAGUUAAUUCCGCCGCGUCAUUGUCGGUUCUUAGUGCAAAUGCUACAGCAGAGAAUAACUGACGAUAAAGAUGUAGAAAUACAAGAAGAUGAAGCAAAUGAUCCAGUGUACAUCUGCAAACUUCAGCAAGAACCGAAGGAAAAGGCAAUUCAGGAACUUUUGAUACACCUUCCAUUACUACACUCGGGAAACACAAAAGCCAAAAAUGAGUACCUUAACCUUAUACCCCAUAUCCUCUCUCAUUCCAUUGAAAAUGGCGUCUUUAUUGAAGAAAGUCGUCAGUUGUUGUCUUACUCUCUCAUACAUCCUGCCAUUACAUGUGAAGAAAGGUCAAAGUUCAACAUGUGGCUGGGCCACUUGGACGAACGAUUCAGUAAUAGUCAGUUUCAUUCACCUUCACAACAAACUCAAGGUCAGCCUGACAAUCUUCAAGGUCAGGUGCCUUUUUCACAUCAGCCGGAGAGCGGGAACUCGUUACGGACUCAUGUGACUCUAGCAAAGACAAAUUCUAUAGGAAAUGCACAGAUAAAUGGAUGGAAUAGCAGUGUAUUUCAGUCUAGUGAAUCACUGAACUUGAAUGGCCUUGAUGGACAAGGUCAGACCGGUAGUCAUGGCAAUAUCCAUGGUAACGGAAGGGUUCAACCUGGGCAGCACUUGCAGACAAGUGUAGGCGGUGUAUCUGGUCAUAUGCCGCUGCAGGCGACCCUGUCAGCCCCACCUAACUUCAAUACCAUAGUGCCACCAACAUCACUUACAUCGGUUAGUCAACAAAACCAGCCUGCACCAUCACAGCCAGCCUCCCAUCAUGCACCUUUACGACGAAUGCAUUCGUUCGCUCCACCAAACACUCUGCCUAUCAACACAUCCUCUGUCUCAGAGUGGCUAAAAUCUAAUGACGCCCAUCUCAUCCAGGGUCCUGGUCGGCCCGGUUCUGUCCUCUCUGACCAUGCUCCAUUGUCUCCACAGAGCAGCACAGCAUCAUCGGGGAGCGGGAGCGACGAACACAGGGAAGAUGGUCCCCAUCCUGUGAGAAAUACAUUUAUGGAGGAAGGUAGUGGCAUGCGAGAUGUACCUCUAUGGCUAAAGAGCCUCAGGUUACACAAGUAUGCCUACCUGUUCCAACAAAUGACAUAUGAAGAUAUGAUGAGUAUCAGAGAAGACUGGCUUACUCACCAGAACGUUACCAAGGGUGCCAGAAAUAAGAUUGUUCUCAGUAUUAAAAAACUUCAGGAACGACAAGAUGUACUUCGAAACCUAGAAAGGGACAUAACAGAGUCAGGGUCCAUCAAGAAUUGUAUCACAGAGAUGAAGCUAAUGCUCAACAGUCCUCUCAAAGCCUUCUACAAGCCCGAGACCGACACCCAGGGUACCCUUAAUUCCCCGGGCUCCAGCGGCGACGCUGACAACACUAUACAGGAGGGAGAUAUUCCUGGCCAGUUCACACGCCUUAUGACUAAAGUGUUCACUCAGUUGAUGUUAACGAGUCCGUACGAUGAUGAGGGUCUAAACAUGUAUCUGCAACUCAUUGAUAAAUGUAUCAACCAUGAGGCUUUCUCACAGAAACAGAAGAGGUUACUUGACUCAUUCAAACAACAAGCAAGAAAAAUCUGGCAACCUGCACCAGUCAAGUACAGCUAUGACAAAAAACCAAGACCAAAUUGGGGUAAUACAUUUCCAAUGGGUAAUGUGUACAACAGUCGUCCUAUACAGAGAAUGGGUGUAAAAACUUCACCAAAACCUCCUGUUCAGGGUGGCAUGCAGUGGAGUUUCGGGGCUAAACGGUCCCUUGUGGGUGGCACAAGCAGUUCAGGGCAUCUACAGCUACAGAGAAAUAACUCCCAUAAUACAGCAGUCUUCUCAAGGCCAGGAAUGGUCGAGCAUCCGGUGAAGCAACCUGUGACGCGUACACAAUCAGCGCCACUGCGGACUCACAGUAUGCUGUAUGGUGGCUUGCCAAUGAGCGAGUCUCAGGCAACGGACACAGAGAUUAAUGCCAGACUUGACUCCCUGUGCAGAAGUGUCACCGAAUGUGCAUUGGCUGGAUCAGAUGGAAAUGAGCGGGGCUCGGCCUACUGAUCAGCAAGCCUGUCAUCUGUUGAUGUGUUUUCCUUAUAAAUGAACACUUUAAGUGCUUUAUAUAUAACAGUGAGUGAUAAUUGAUUGCUGUAAAUAUUAUGAGGAGAAAUCCAACAUAUUAACAUUGUCUAACAAUGAUCAAUGGACUCUUCAAAAGAGGAGUACAGAAAAACACAUUUUGAAUCUUCACUUUGGAGAUAAAAUUGAAUGGACUUUGGACAGUUGGAAAUGCAGGUGCAGAAGAAUUGUUUAAAGAAAGCUGAUCUGUUAAACAGAGACACUGAUUCUAUAGACUGAUGUGCCAUCUAGAGAUGGGGAAUACAAUCCUUGGGGAAACUUUAGAUUGUUAUAAGUUUAUUAAUGGUAAGGAUUAAAUGUUACACUGAAUGAAAUAUUUAUUUUGUAGUAAAAUGCCUUCUGAGAAGAAUGAUUCAGGAUUUCAGAUUCUUAAACAAGUAUUCUUCCAGUAAAGAUAUUACUGAGUGUUGUAAAUGUAUAGGUUUUUGUCAUUGCUAAUGAAAUAGGUUUUGCGAAAUUCUGAACAAGACAUCAAACAAGUAGUUGCUUCACAGUUAAUAAGAACUUAUUGGCCACUUAAAGUAUAUACAUAAAAAAUACUAUCACUGAAAGUAAUAGGAAAUAAUAUCAUGUACUUAACUAUACUAUGCUACACUAUGAAAAUGCAAAUAUUUUUAUUUUCUAUAUAAUGCAUUCAAUUAUAGAUAAAGAAGUGAAUACUAAAUUUCCAAGUGGUACAGAGACUGUGUUUCAUAUGGUUGAUUGUUACCAUGGUUUCAGUCAUUACAUUCUUUUUCAGAGGCAUAGUUUUGGAAUCUGACGUUCUAAUAACUAAUUAUAAUAACUAAUGAAGGUCAUAGUAAUGACCGAAUCCAGUAGAUUUAAAUAAACAACUGAGCCAAACAUACACCCGGUGUUGACAUGUAGUUCCUCUAUUUCUUCACUCUGUCUAACUUGUAAUAUAGUAAACUGCUUUCACUAAAUGAUAAACUAUAGCAAACAAAAGUUUUUCCAAAGAUGUACUGGUAACCGUUUAAACAAAGUGCUCAAUAUUUUUACAGUUUUAUAAAGUUUGCAUUAGAGAUUUUUGUUUUGUGUUGAGUUUGAAUGUUGUGAUGUAUAAAUUACACAUAUUUCACAGAAUGUGUUAUAACUGUAUAAGGAAAGGUAUUGGAGGUGCUUUCACAAUUGUUUAAACAGGAAUACAUUUCUACAGAUUACUGUGGAAUCAUUUAAUUUCAUGGGUAUGAAAUUUUGUGUUUUUUUACCAAAAAUCAGAAUUUCAUAAAGAUACGAAUUAAAGGAUUUUAUGUUUUGAGGAUCAAAUUAAUGGAACUUUGAUGUGUUUUUAAAAGACAAAAUUUUAUGAUCUACUAAUCAUGUUGGAUUCCGAAAGAAAAGAAAAAAGUUUAUAUAUGCUAUAGAAAUGUUUUCUUGUGAUAUAGUUUAACGAUAGUAUCAGUUUUGAUGUGAAAUGUAAUGUCAAUUCCUUAAUAUCAGUUAUUGCUUCCUACAAGAUAUGCCAGUAAAAUUUUAAUAUUAUAUAUAAUUAUGAAUUAGCUAAUUUUUUUGUAGACAAUGCAAUUUUUGUGGAAAUCUUUAUUAAAUUUCCUAAAGUACAUGCUUUAAAUAUGAUACAUAUAACAUUAGAAAGGUUACCAUUUCAUACAUGUAGUUAUCCUCUAUACAUAUUAAGUGUCUGCUUCUCGGAAAAAUUUAAUCUAGUUGCUCAGUACAUGAAAAUGUACACAUUUGAUACUUUUGAUUUAGGAUUUACAUGCAUAUUUUUGAUGUGUACAGCUAAAUUGUGUCAAAACUGUUACGUUAUGCAAACACAUACAGAAAUGAAUGAAGCCCUACUCAUAGUCAUACAGAUAUGAAAUUGCAACCCCUUACCUGUUUUUUUUCUGUCUACUUUUGUUUUUCUAUUGGACAUAACUUAUAAUACUUGUAAGUUCUGUUCACUGGAAGAAUGUGGCUUAUUACAGAAUAUUUAAAAUUGUUAAAAAUCUGUAGUUCAUAUUCUGAACACGUUUUAUGAGCUUCCCAUGGGCUAAAGCCUUUUCAUAGACUUAAGCAAUAAAUGACUGGAGUCUCGUAACUAAGAUAUAAAAAGUCAGUGUGUUAUUUUAUUAAUUUCCUUGCAUUGUUGAAGGUAGUACUGUGUGAUAAACUUGAAAUCAGGCAUGACAUCAUUUAUCCUGAUAACAUAGAACGUUAAAUGCCUGGGCCUGGCAUGUGGAAUGGAAAAACAUCCUGCAUAUAAAUGUCACCCUGUGUAUACAUUUAUAAAAAUGGCAACAUUACUUGCUUUGAAGAUAAAAAAUAAUAACAAAAUUGUUGACAUAAUGAAACAAUGCCUUCAAAUCCACUUAAAGUUUUCAGAUAUCUCAAAUCAUAGGUAAUUAUCUCAAAAUCAGCACAUAGAUCUAUACAUUUUAUUAUGCCACGGGCAUAUAGCAAUUAAACUGUCCAUCCAUUUGUCUGUCUGUUUCCGUUAUCUGUACAAGAUUUUACUGUUUUGCUGCCAGUGUACGGCCCACAUUUUUGACUCAAUUUAGUUCUUGUUCACUCUCAUCAAUCCUUGUGGCAUGACCUACAAACUUACCUAUAUAUGAAAGACGUUGACCCUCAUGACUUUCACCUUCAAACUUAAAACCUUAAUAAAAAGUUUGGGUCCUAGAGCCCACAUAAAUUGCACAAUUUAGUUCAUACUCGCACUGAACAAACCUUGUGGCAAAACAAACUAGUUCAUACUCGCACUGAACAAACCUUGUGGCAAAACGAACAGACUGACUUAUAAAGAUGACCUUGUGAUCUUCACCUUUAAACUUAAAAUCUCAACAACAAAAAACCCCACCUUUGGUCAUAAACUAGGGGGCAUUAUUUUGCUAUUUGUAAACGCAGCUCCUUGUUUAUUUCAGCAUGCAGAACUAGCUUAAUACAUAGUACUGGUAUAGCUGUCUUGUAUUACAGAAACUUGUCAGCACAAAUAAGCAUUUAAUUAAAGAGACCACUGUUGGGCACUGACAUCAUGGUAAAACAAUCUUAAUUUAAAGAAUAUAUCUUUUUCCAGGGUUGUUAAAAACAUAUGCUGAGAAAUAAAGACAGAUGUGUUAUGCAGUGUUAACAUCAUUCUUGGUUUUAUUUAAAAAGUAGGUAGCAUAUCAGCCUAUCAAAAUUUAGAUUUUUAAAGAGAAUAAAAAGAAUAAUUUUUUUUCUAGCAGUUGUCGCCCAUAAAACUUCCGUAGUUCAGGUAUUCAUAAUGUGCAAAGAUGUUUACGUGAUAGAAUGGUACAGUUUGGAUGCCAUAUUAAGACAGUCUGAUUAAAAUAAUUGUAUUUCUGGACAUUGUCAGCCAGCUGUGGUUCAUGUAGAGAAGUCUGUCUGCAUCUUGCCAGUAUCUAGAUAGUAAUAGGUAGAAGUCAAAUUUAGGUUAGAGUGAGUUGCAUUAUAAAAGAAUAUAGAAGUGUUAAACCUAACAAAAGAAAUGGUACUGUUAUACAUGUAUUAACUUGGUUCUCGGAAAUUUGUAGAUCUCGAAAGCAAAUUAUUAGUCAGAAGAAGUGUUUUGUGUUAUUUUGCUGUUCAUAUAUCAUGCAUACAUUUCUUCAUUCUCCUUAAUAAACACUUUCUAUCUUUUUAUUUUAAAGUCUAAAAGGGUUGUGUGUUAGUGCCUUACACCAGAUGUAAAGAAACAAUAAAAACAGAAACACUUCAGAUAUUAUAUGCAUACCUGAUAUUGUAUAUUGUUCUUGAGCAUGCAUGUUGGGCAUAUACAUAGAAAAGUCAAUGCCAAAUUGACACAUUUAAUCAUGCUUUCAAAUUGAUUUUAAGUAUAAUUUUAGCCGCAUCAUGAGAAAACCAACAUAAUGGCUUUGUGACCAGCAUGGAUCUGACCAGGAUCCAUGUUGUUCGCUUUCAAAGCCUAUUGAAAUUAGAGAAACUGUUAGCGAACAGCAUGGAUCCUGACCAGACUGCACGGAUGUGCAGGCUGGUCUGUUUCCAUGCUGGUCGCAAAGCCACUAUGUUGGUUUUCUCAUGGCGCGGCUCAUUUAUGUAUUGUCUUGUAACUAGAACAUCUGAUUGGUUGUUUUCGAGUACCACUCUCAAAUUAACCAGUGGCAAGGUUGCAUGCUGAAUCUAGCCUUCAAACUAUUUCUUGUAACUUUGGAAUGUAAAACUAGUAAAUUACAGGUAAUACUGGCAUAUUGCAUGACUUUGUUGCAAGUGGGGUGCUUUUUUUAACUAAGGUAGAUAAUGUUGAUGAGCGACAGAGAAAUGCAUAAUCUGUUGUAACAGAAUAUUUGCUGCUAACGUUUAUAUGACUAUUCUUCCUUAUAUUUUGUUUCAUUCACUAGACCGCUUAGCAUAUUUUACUUAUUUAACUUUUUCUCUACAAGAGAUUGAACUGUAUUUGAAGGAAAAUAGGUAUAACCCGAAAAUGUAGCCAAAAUACUACGAUUUAGUACUAGGUGAUUUUUGUUUUUUGAAAAUCAAAUAUUUCAGUUAUUAAGUUAUGGCCAUUAAUCAAGAAAAUGUAGAGUAAAAACUAGUCUAGAAUUAAGAAGUAUUCAGUUUCCAGAGAAAAAAAAUAACUUCUCUUUAUAAUUGCAGAAGAUAUAAAAGCUCAUUGAGUGGUUUGUUCAAAGUUAUAAAGGUGCCAUAAAUACAGCUUCGAUUCGGUCAUUUCAUAUGCUCAUUGACAGGUAUGUCAUUGAUAUACAAGUAUUAUUAAAAUUGGGUGCUUUUUAGUAUUUUAUACAUUUAGUUGCUGAUGUUAAAACAGUUUUGUUCAAUAUAUAGGUUAUUUAAUCCCACUGAAUCAAUUUCUCAGAUACAAGAUGAAUUGUAAAUCUGGUAAUGAUUGCUGUAUAUUUUUGUGUUCUGCAGAAAAUUUCAAGUUUCUAUAAGUUGUAUAAAUUAGUUACCAAGACAUUGUAGUCUUAUUUCAAAUUACUGCCUUUAUGUACUUGUAUCGCUUUUGACCUGGUAGGUUAGUCACCGAUAAAUAUACCAAACAUAUGACACUGCUAUUGUCUGUUGAAAAAGAAAAAACAGGUGAAUGUGAACAUUCUAGUAAAGAAAUUUCCAAACAGAGUAUGUGACUAAAAUAUAUAUGUGUAAAUAGACUAAGUACUGCAGGCACAGUUGUCAGUGAUGACCUACUGUACAGUGUAUAUAUGUUGGUUUAAUAUUACAUGAGUUGUAUGCUUCCAUUUACUGUAGAGUAUAUUGUGUAAAGGCAAUAUCCUGUACUUCAUUCACAUAUAAACUGACAGAGGUAUGUUAUACAUACCGAAAUAGUGUGUAUACAACAGAUUAUUUCUUCACAUUUUACUUAUUUCUGUGGCCUUUGUUUAUUUGUUUGUUUUUUGCGUAUUCAAAAAGUUAAGUAAUAUCUCCACAUAUUUUUUCAAUUGCACAGUUUUUGUUUUUCAUUCUGUGGCCUGUGCAUGCCAAAAUUUACAUGAUCGACAAAUUUGCAGCUUCAUAGUUUGGGUGUUGUUUUUUUUUGUGUACAUGUAUGUGUAAUUAUUGUAAAAAAAAUACAUGAUACAUCAUUGUGUACAUUUAUGACUAUUUUCAGUUUGUAAAAGACGCGAAUUACACCAGUGUUUACAUUUAUUGCCUCAGAGAGGCUGUAUUUAUUGUUAUUAAUCAUAUGUUACCAUUGCAAAGUUAUUAUAUCUUAUUUAUUUUAUGGAUAUGUUUAUACCAAAGUGCGUACUAUUUAAUUUACAGUUAAUAUUAUGUUUUAUCCUCAUUUUGUAUGAUAGUUACGGUUUGCAAGGGGUGGUAUAGGUGUUACAAGUAAAUGUUUAUUAUUUACAUAUUUAAAAUAGUUACCUUUAUAAGACUAAUAAUGUACACAUUAAGGGCAAUGGUAAGAAUUAAAUUUGUUAGAAUCAAAUUGGGGUUUAAUUUUUUUUUUCAAAACUGUUCAUACAUUUUAUAAUUACAAUAUCCACUUUAAGUUUUCCAUAAGAAUUUAAAAAAUGACUGUGAGAUGAUUUGUUUGAGAGGUUUGUUAUAGAGAGAGAGGAAGACAAGGUACACUAUUGUCAAAGGGAAGUAACUUGAACACUUUGUGUUUAUUGGCUUACAUUAAAUCUUGUAUUCUUGCAAAUUUUUGGUUAGGUUUUCCAUAGUUGUUGUUCCACUAUGGUGUGAAAUAAUUAUCAUUUUUGUAAUGCUUUUGUCGUUUUUGGGAUCCUGGGAUUUAUCCUGAGCAGACUUCUAAAAAUAGAUUUGUUAACAGUACACUGUUAGACAUUUAUAUGGUAAUGUUGCUGUAAAAUAAAGAUAUCUUUGAUUGACCAAAAUUUCCCAAAAUUAAAAUCAGUCUAGUUAUGCAAGUUCGAAAUUUAAUGUAAACAGUAAAUAUUUCCUAAGAGUUUUGGGGAACACUAAUUUUCACCAAAUAUUUAAUCCCUGUAGAACAAUUCUUAAUUCUGACUUCACAAAAGUCCCCAUUCUAUUGACCAUGCAUAUAACAAUUUUAAACUGCAGUAGCAUAUCUUGUCUCUCUCUCCCUGUAUCCUGGUGUAUGUACAGUUGUUUUAUUGUUGCAUUGUUCUGUUGUUAGAUAUUACCUCCCUUUGAUAGGGAGGAUUCAUAGUGCCCAUGUUUGUUUUCAAAUUAUGUAGAUAGAAAUGUUUCAAUAAUUUUGUAUUCAUGCUUUGAAAUUAUACUAAGCAGUAGUUGAAAGUUGGUGCCAGGUUUCGAAUGUAGAGGGAGGUGAAUUUUGAUUGAGGAGAAGUUAUAUAUUGGUGUCAAAAAUUGAGUAUGUCGAGAGCUGAAUAUUGGUGCCAGGAUUUGAAUGUAAAGUAGAAUUUUGUAAAAUGUAUUAGCUUCUUUCUAAUUAGUGCUAAUUAGUUUGGAAGUUAAGAUGAUAGAAUUUUGUAUCGGGGGUGUGAUCUACUCACAAGCAUGGUUUUGAAAAUAAAAAACAUUUUUAAUCAUGUUAAGAAAUCAACAAAAAAGAAUAUUACUCCAUGGACGUCCAUAGAAAAUUGAAAUAUUUUGUAUCAUUUCGUAAGUUCAGAAGUCACCUUUUUAGUCAUAUAUUGCUAAUCACAUUUUGAAAGAUGGUUUUGUAUUUUUGUACAAUAAACGAUAUUUGAUAUUCAAUACUCUGAUAGGGGUUACAGUUUUUCUGUUGGACAGAAAAUUAUGGGAUUUUCAAGAGAGAAAAAAAUCAUGUGUGCAUAAGGAAAUGUUUAUUUGUUCUUUUAAGAGUGAUCUCAUUAUAAUGCAUGCAAAAUAUAAAUUUGUGCAGGUCCAUAAGGAAUAUUUGCACUCAUACCAGGGUAUUUUAUGCAUAGCAUUGUGGGAAUGUAGGAUAAAAAUGGUAUAGUGUGCCAUUUUGUCCAUGAAAUUUUGAGACAUGUUAACCAUGUGUCCAUGGCAUAUUAAGUAUGGUAGAUCAUUUUGUGUGAAAAUCAUGUUUAUAAACUGGAUUAUUUUACCAAAGCUGUCCAUAUUUUGCCUUGUCUGUGUGGGUACAAAACACCAUUUUGUCACUGGCAUUCUGGGAAGUGAUGUGUGGCAUUCUGGGAAGUGAUGUGUACUGUACCAUCUGAGAUCUAGCUUAUUUUUAGAAAGUAAAUACCGGUUAUCAGAAAGUGCUGGCCAUGAAUUUUUUGUGUGAUCUGAUUUUGUCUACUUCAGAGAAGUGAGAGGUAAUUAUACAAUAAGUUACCGUUGAAUGGUGAAAAUAACUGAUUUUAACAUAAGUCUUGCUGCAACAUUUUAGCAGGUGUCAUUUUAACUCAUUUUAAAAAUUUAAUUAAAAUUGACUGUUUUUUUUCUGUUAAAACAGUAGAAUUAUGGUGUAUAAAUUCUGGUCAGUAUUUAAGUCUUGUACAAAUGUUUUUUGGAAGUUAUUUCUCAUAAAAAUGUUUCUUAGAAGUUAUUUUUCAAGUUUAACAGUUAAAAGAAGUUUGAACUUUGUCAGUUCGUGUUUGAGCAGUUUUUCAUUAAUUGUUCUUAUUCAAAAUGUUAGAUAAUAUUUUUUAAAAACUAAAAUAAAGAAGUUUGAAAUAUAGUUGCUAUAGUUACCGGUUGUGUUUCUAAUAUUUAUGUCAGUUUGAUAUUUUUAAUACUCCUGUUGUGUUUGAAAGUUUUACAAGUUCUUCAGUGUUAAGUAUUUGUUAAGAUACAGUUUGAAAAAUUAAACAAAAUGGCAGUUGAAUAUUCUAUCAAAGAUUUAACUAAAAAUGAAAUGUUAAUAGAACGAUUUUUAUUUGCUUUGUUAAUGAAAUAUACAGUAGAAAUUUUAAAAAAGAACAACGCAGUGCUCUCGAGUAAUUAAAGGGCUAUGUUUCCAUAUUUAUGUCAAUUCUGUGCUUUCAUUGAUUGGUUAUUUUAAGUAAAAAGUAAAAACAGGAUAAUACAUUGACUAUUAGGCAGUGUUUAUUUAUCAAAACACUGGGUAGUCUGUAAAAUAUGUAAAACACUCGCAAAAGUGUUGUCACACUACACACUAUAAGAAAAUAUUUUUUUAUAACUGGAAUUAUGCUGUACCUAUGUCCGUACUCAUCAAACAGUGAAUUAAAUUGAAUGGAUUUGUGAUCGAGAACACUCUACAGAUUUUUUCAAAUGUAAGUUAUGGAAACUAGACAUAAAUCUGGAGGUGAGCCCCUUUAAUUAAGUGAUAUGGAACUAUAUGAUCUUAUCAUUAUGCAAAAGUAUUUUUUAUACCAAAGUUACCAAUUAACUGCGUUUGGCUAUAAGUGUUACAUUUAGUGAUUUUUAAAGAUCCAUAGAAUGUUUGAUAAGCACAGCUUUGUAGAAAAGUCACUAUAACUGUAUGAUCAAAUCCUCUCAUAGAGUAUGUGAACAUUUGUGGGAAUUGUUUUCUCUUUUUCAAAUAAAAUUAAAAACUUUA